AUGAUUUCGCAACACACCGCGCAGAUAUUUCCGAAGAACAUACCCAGGAGGUCUUAUCUGACGCUUCUAUGCCUCCAAAUUCAUGAACUUUCGGGGACUUCAAGGAGGCUCAACGCUUCGAAGUUUUCAAUCCUCCCGAACACACGUCUCUCCUCCUCUUCAACAAGAUGGAAAACCAGGCAGGGCAGGGAUUCAUUUGCGCGCCAGGCCAAAGUUCAGGGAUUGAAGAGCAGAGCGGCCUUCAAGCUCUUAGAAAUUGACGCGAAGUACAAACUGUUUAGACGGGGCCAGACAGUUGUUGAUCUUGAUCCAAAGGGUUAUGCGCCAGGUUCAUGGUCGCAGGUUGCUGUAGAGCGCACGAAGCCCGGCGGUCGAAUUGUCGGCAUAGAUAUUAUACCCGCGCAACCUCCCAAAGGCGUCUCUACAAUACAAGGCAACUUCCUUUCCAAGGGAGUGCAGAAUGAGGUCAAACGAUUUCUGCAAGACCCCAAUCGCGGGCGCCCUAUAACAUCGCCACUCUAUUCUUCGACAGAUGCAAUGAUCGAUCAAGACCGCAGCCCCAUUGAACCCGAACGACAUCCUGAUGAGGAGCCUGCUGAGGAGACAACACACACAAAGAGCCAAACCGGGAGAGCUCAAGAUACCUCGAGUUAUAUGGUAGAUGUUGUGCUGAGUGAUAUGUCCGCACCCUGGCCCUUGGAACAGUCCACUGCAUUUUGGAAGAGAAGCUUAAGUGACCCAUAUAUUAGGAUGAUGAACACGAGCGGCAUCAAUUACAAAGAUCAUGCUGGAAGUAUGGAUCUCUGCGCUGCAGCACUUCAGUUCGCGCGUGAUACUUUGAAAGUAGGGGGACAUUUUGUUUGUAAAUUCUACCAGGGCGGCGAGGAUAAGGAGUUGGAGGGACAGUUGAAGAAAAUGUUCAGGGCCGUACAUAGGGAAAAGCCCGAAUCCUCAAGGAGUGAAUCCAAGGAAGCCUACUUUGUCGCAUUGAGGAGAAAGAAAGAAAGAAGGCGACAAUGA